AUGCCUCGAAGAGCCGUUCUCCCUCGACCCGACCCGACGAACGUGGCCACAGAGGUCAAGUACAGGGGGGUCAGGAAGAAUCAAAGUGGUCGUUACACCGUCGAGAUCUAUGACUCAAAGAAGAAAAAGAACAUCUGGCUUGGCACAUUCAGCACCGCGGUGGAAGCUGCGCAUGCCUAUGACGCGGCGGCGCGUGAGCUUCGCGGUGACAAGGCCAAGCUCAAUUUUCCUAUCCCAACAGAGAUCAAGUUCCCCAUCCUGGCGGAGCUAGCCAACAACAACAACUUGGUCGUGCGCAGUCCUAGCCAGGGUAGCACCUUGGAGUUCCCCUAUUUGCCAAUGUUGGAUCUCACUCUUGCCACUCCUGAUGCUACCGCAGUGGUUUCCUCCCUUGCUAUUCUUGAAGCUAAUGCGGCGGUGCGGGUCCUAGAUCCGAACCUGGUGGAUCUGGACCUUAACGCUCCACCUCCGUCAGAGAAUACCAACUCUUGA